AUGAAUUAUUCAUCAUUACUUAGAAUUUGGAUCUCUUUCAUCUUUGCAAUUGUACGGCACCAAGCUCAGCCCAGGGAGCUCAUGUAUCCAUUUUGGCAGAAUGACACCAAAACCCCUAAGGUGGACGAUGGAAGCUCAUCUGAGAUUAAGUUGGCCAUCCCGGUUUUCUUCUUUGGCGUUCCUUACCGCACUGUCUAUGUCAAUAACAACGGAGUUGUUUCCUUCAAUGUGCUGGUGAGCCAGUUCACGCCAGAAUCCUUUCCCCUGACGGACGGGAGAGCUUUCAUUGCCCCAUUUUGGGCAGAUGUGCACAAUGGAAUUCGAGGAGAGAUCUAUUACAGAGAGACCAUGGACCCCGUCAUCUUGAAAAGAGCCACCAAGGACAUCAGGAAGUACUUCAAAGACAUGGCAACCUUCUCUGCCACUUGGGUUUUCAUUGUGACAUGGGAGGAAGUCACCUUUUAUGGAGGCAGCAGCACCACACCUGUGAACACCUUCCAGGCUGUCCUGGUGUCUGAUGGCUCCUACACAUUCACGCUGUUCAAUUAUUAUGAAAUCAACUGGACCACUGGGACAGCGAGUGGCGGUGACCCCCUGACAGGUCUUGGUGGAGUGAUGGCCCAGGCAGGUUUUAAUGGUGGAAACCUCACCAAUUUCUUCAGCCUCCCAGGGUCAAGGACCCCUGAGAUUGUGAAUAUCCAAGAGACCACAAACGUCAAUGUUCCAGGCCGCUGGGCAUUUAAAGUGGACGGGAAGGAAAUUGACCCAGCCAAUGGCUGCACCUCCAGGGGACAGUUCCUUCGGCGAGGGGAGGUGUUUUGGGAUGACCUGAACUGCACCAUCAAGUGCCGCUGUCUGGAUUUCAACAAUGAGAUCUACUGCCAGGAGGCCUCUUGUAGCGCCUACGAGGUGUGCACACCCAAAGGCAAAUUCUUCUUCUGCAGCCCCGUGGAGAUCAGCACGUGCGUGGUGUUUGGGGAGCCUCACUACCACACUUUCGACGGCUUCCUCUUUCACUUCCAAGGCUCCUGUGCCUACCUGUUGGCCCGACAGUGUUUGCAGACUUCCAGACUCCCCUUCUUCAGUGUGGAGGCCAAGAACGAGCACCGAAGGGGUUCAGCUGUGUCCUGGGUGCAGGAGCUCUCUGUGGAGGUGAAUGGCUACAAGAUUCUCAUCCCCAAAGGAAGCUAUGGAAAAGUUAAGGUUAAUGACCUAGUGACUUCUUUGCCCGUCACCUUAGACUUGGGGGCAGUGAAAAUCUACCAGAGUGGCAUGUCUACUGCUGUGGAAACAGAUUUUGGGCUCUUAGUGACGUUUGAUGGCCAGCACUACGCCUCCAUUUCCAUCCCAGGCUCCUAUAUAAACUCCACGUGCGGCCUCUGCGGAAACUACAAUAAAAACCCUCUGGAUGACUUCCUCCGCCCCGAUGGCAGGCCAGCCAUGUCUGUCCUGGAUCUGGGAGAGAGCUGGCGUGUCUACCACGCCGACUGGAAGUGCGACUCCGGCUGCGUGGACAACUGCACCCAGUGUGAUGCUGCCACCGAAGCCCUCUACUUUGGCUCUGACUACUGUGGCUUCCUUAAUAAGACCGACGGCCCCCUGUGGGAGUGUGGCACUGUCUUGGACCCCACGGCCUUUGUGCACAGCUGCGUGUACGACCUGUGCAGUGUGCGGGACAAUGGCACACUCCUCUGCCAAGCCAUCCAGGCCUACGCCCUUGCGUGCCAAGCCCUGGGUGUUCCAAUUGGAGACUGGCGAAUCCAGACUGGGUGUGUGUCCACGGUGCAGUGCCCGAGCUUCAGCCACUAUUCCGUGUGCACCAGCAGCUGCCCCGACACCUGCUCAGACCUGACGGCCUCGCAGAACUGCGCCAUGCCAUGCACAGAGGGCUGCGAGUGCAACGAGGGCUUCGUCCUCAGCACCAGCCAGUGCGUCCCGCUGCACAAGUGCGGCUGCGACUUCGACGGCCACUACUACACCAUGGGGGAAUUCUUCUGGGCCACGGCCAACUGCACCGUGCAGUGCCUGUGUGAGGAGGGCGGGGACGUCUACUGCUUCAACAAGACCUGCCGCAGCGGGGAGGUGUGCGCCGUGGAGGACGGCUACCAGGGCUGCUUCCCUGAGCGCGAGACCGUGUGCCUGCUCAGCCAGAACCAGGUGCUGCACACGUUCGACGGUGCUGCCUACACCUUCCCCUCUGAGUUCUCCUACACUCUCCUCAAGACCUGCCCCGAGCGCCCGGAGUACUUGGAAAUCGACAUCAACAAGAAGAAACCCGACGCAGGGCCGGCUUGGCUCCGGGGCCUUCGGAUCCUGGUGGCCGACCAGGAGGUCAAGAUAGGAGGAGUCGGGGCUUCAGAAGUCAAGUUGAAUGGUCAGGAAGUGGAAUUACCUUUUUUCCAUCCUUCGGGGAAGCUGGAGAUUUAUCGAAACAAAAACAGUACUAUGGUGGAGUCCAAGGGUGUGCUGACCGUGCAGUACUUAGACGUAGGACUCUUGUACAUUCGGCUGUCCACCACUUACUUCAAUUGCACGGGGGGCUUGUGUGGCUUCUUCAAUGCAAACGUCAGCGAUGAGUUCUGCCUCCCCAACGGCAAGUGCACGGACAACCUGGCAGUGUUCCUGGAGAGCUGGACAACUUUCGAGGAGAUCUGCAAUGGGGAGUGUGGGGACCUGCUGAAGGCCUGCAACAAUGACUCAGAGCUGCUCAAAUUUUAUCGGAGCCGCUCCAGGUGCGGCAUCAUCAAUGACCCUUCCAACAGCUCCUUUCUGGAGUGCCAUGGGGUGGUCAAUGUCACUGCCUACUAUCGGACCUGCCUUUUCCGCCUGUGCCAGAGUGGGGGCAAUGAGUCGGAACUCUGUGACUCUGUGGCCCGGUAUGCAAGCGCUUGCAAGAAUGCUGAUGUGGAGGUGGGUCCCUGGCGGACCUAUGACUUCUGCCCUCUGGAAUGCCCUGAGAACAGCCAUUUCGAGGAGUGCAUGACAUGCACAGAGACCUGUGAGACCCUGGCCCUGGGUCCCAUCUGUGUGGACAGCUGCUCUGAGGGAUGCCAGUGUGACGAGGGCUAUGCCCUACAGGGCAGCCAGUGUGUGCCCCGGAGCGAGUGUGGCUGCAACUUCGAGGGGCACCAACUCACCACCAAUGAGACUUUCUGGGUGGACCUGGACUGCCAGAUCUUCUGCUACUGCAAUGGCACAGACAAUAGCAUCCACUGUGAGACCAUCCCCUGCAAGGAUGAUGAAUACUGCAUGGAGGAGGGUGGCCUGUACUACUGCCAGGCCCGCACUGACGCCUCCUGCAUCGUCUCGGGCUACGGCCACUACCUCACCUUUGAUGGCUACCCCUUUGACUUCCAGACCAGCUGCCCGUUCAUCCUGUGCACCACAGGAAGCAGGCCAAGCUCAGACUCUUUCCCCAAGUUCAUCGUCACAGCCAGGAAUGAGGACCGGGACCCGUCACUGGCCUUGUGGGUCAAACAGGUGGACAUGACUGUGUUUGGCUACAGCAUUGUGAUUCACCGGGCCUACAAGCACACUGUGCUGGUCAACAAUGAACGGCUAUAUCUGCCCCUGAAGUUGGGACAAGGGAAGAUAAAUAUCUUUUCCUUUGGCUUCCACGUGGUGGUGGAAACUGAUUUUGGCCUGAAGGUUGUGUAUGACUGGAAGACCUUCCUGUCCAUCACCGUCCCUCGGAGCAUGCAGAACAGCACCCAUGGCCUGUGUGGCCGCUACAAUGGCAACCCCGACGAUGACCUGGAGAUGCCCAUGGGUCUGCUGGCAUCGAGUAUUAACGAGUUUGGGCAGAGCUGGGUGAAGAGGGACACCUUCUGCCAGGUGGGCUGUGGGGACCGCUGCCCAUCCUGUGCCAAGGUUGAAGGUUUCUCCAAGGUGCAGCAGCUGUGCAGCCUGAUCCCCAACCAGAACGCUGUUUUCUCCAAGUGUCACAGCAAGGUCAAUCCAAACUUCUUCUACAAGAACUGCCUGUUUGACUCUUGCAUUGAUGCGGGUGCAGUGCAGACCGCCUGCAGCUGGCUGCAGAACUAUGCCAGCACCUGCCAGACCCAGGGGAUCGCAGUGACGGGCUGGAGGAAUUACACGUCCUGCUCUGUCACCUGCCCCGCCAACAGCCAUUAUGAGAGCUGCGUGAGCGUCUGCCAGCCCCGCUGUGCUGCCAUCCGCCUGAAGAGUGACUGCAACCACUACUGUGUGGAGGGCUGCCAGUGUGACACCGGCUACGUCCUCGACGGCAGGAGCUGCAUCCUGCCGCACAGCUGUGGCUGUUACUCUGACGGCAAGUACUACGAGCCCAAGCAGCUGUUCUGGAACAGCGACUGCACGCGGCGCUGCCGCUGUUUCCGGCGCAACCUGAUCCAGUGCGACCCGCGCCAGUGCAAGUCCGGGGAGGAGUGUGCGCUGCGCCACGGCGUGCGCGGCUGCUUCAGCACCAGGACCUCCCACUGCCUGGCGGCCGGCGGCGGCGUCUUCCGCACCUUCGACGGCGCCUUCCUCCGCUUCCCGGCCAACUGCGCCUUCGUGCUGUCCACCAUCUUUGAGUGUUAUUGUGUGUAUCUGCUUUCCACCACUGGCUCAGAUAAUCAGGUGAAUGGCACACAAGUAAAUGUUCCAUUUAUAACUGGUUUGGCAACCAAAAUCUACAGCAAAGAGGGGUUUCUGGUGAUAGACACCAGCCCUGACAUCCAGAUAUACUACAAUGGUUUCAAUGUCAUUAAAAUCAGCAUCAGUGAGAGGCUGCAGAACAAGGUGUGUGGACUCUGUGGCAACUUCAAUGGGGACCUGACAGAUGAUUAUGUGACCUUGCGGGGGAAGCCAGUGGUGAGCAGCGUGGUGCUGGCCCAGAGCUGGAAAACCAAUGGCAUGCAGAGGAGACCUCUUGCCCCCAGCUGCAACGAGCUGCAGUUCUCGCAGUAUGCAGCCAUGUGUGACAACGUGCACAUCCAGAUGAUGCAGGGCGACGGCUACUGCCUGAAGCUCACGGACAUGAAGGGCUUCUUCCAGCCCUGCUAUGGGCUUCUCGACCCCCUUCCCUUCUAUGAGUCCUGCUACCUGGACGGCUGUUACAACCACAAGAAGUUCCAGCUAUGUGGUUCCCUGGCCGCCUACGGGGAGGCCUGCCGCUCCUUUGGGAUCCUUAGCACCGAGUGGAUCGAGAAGGAGAAUUGCUCAGGAGUGGUUGAAGAUCCCUGUGUGGGGGCAGAUUGUCCCAACCGAACCUGUGAGCUGGAAAACGGAGGGGAGCUGUGUGGUUGCAUCGAGCCGCCCCCUUACGGAAACAACUCAUAUGACAUUAUUGAUGCAGAGGUGACUUGCAAGGCAUCCCAGAUGGAAGUGUCCAUAUCUAAGUGCAAACUCUUCCAGCUCGGCUUUGAGAGAGAGGGCGUGAGGGUCAAUGACAGACAGUGCACUGGCAUCGAGGGGGAAGACUUUAUCUCCUUUCAGAUCAACAACACCAAGGGGAACUGUGGAAACAUUGUGCAGUCCAAUGGCACUCAUAUCAUGUAUAAAAACACAAUCUGGAUUGAAAGUGCCAACAACACUGGCAACAUCAUCACCAGGGACCGCACAAUCAAUGUGGAAUUUUCAUGUGCUUAUGAGCUGGAUAUCAAGAUCUCCUUGGAUUCUGUUAUAAAGCCUAUGCUAAGUGUCAUUAACCUGACAGUUCCAACCCAAGAAGGCAGUUUCACCACCAAGAUGGCGCUCUACAAAAAUGCCUCCUACAAACAUCCAUACCGCCAGGGUGAAGUAGUGUUGACAACUCGAGAUGUGCUGUACGUAGGGGUCUUUGUGGUUGGAGCAGACUCCACACAUUUGAUCCUAACACUCAACAAAUGCUAUGCCACCCCCACCCGCGACAGCAACGAUAAGCUCCGGUACUUCAUCAUUGAAGGAGGGUGUCAGAACAUCAAAGACAACACCAUUGGCAUCGAGGAGAACGGGGUCUCCCUAACCUGUCGUUUUCACGUCACCGUCUUUAAAUUCAUCGGGGAUUAUGAUGAAGUUCAUCUUCACUGUGCAGUGUCACUCUGCGACUCAGAAAAGUACUCCUGUAAAAUUACUUGCCCACAGAAUUCCAGGAUUGCCACAGAGUAUACAAAAGAACCUAAAGAACAGAUCAUUUCAGUGGGACCUAUUAGGAGAAAAAGGCUGGACUGGUGUGAGGACAACGGAGGGUGUGAGCAGAUUUGCACGAGCCGGGUGGACGGGCCUCUGUGCAGCUGUGUGACGGGCACCCUGCAGGACGAUGGCAAGAGCUGCCGAGCCUCUAAUUCAUCAGUCGAACUUCAAGUGUGGACACUGCUUCUCAUCAUGACCCAGAUUUCAUUAUGGCAUUUUAUCUAUAAAUCAGGCACGACCUCAUAAUUAACUCAAGGUUGAUAUAUAAAGUACUGUCAUUUUUUUACUUCAACUUCCUGUAGGAUAAAGAGUGUGUGCUUUUAAGUCAAAACCUGUUUGAAAGUGUCCAGCAUCCAACGGUCAGAAGUCCAGAAAUGAGUGAAAUCCCAAGCUCCUCUUUCAGAGUAUGCAACGGGGCUUCUAAAAGCCAGUUGUGGAAAGCAUGUAUCUUGCCUAAAAUUCCCAAACAGUUGCCACUAUAAACUUUGGUUCACAUGAAAAACCAGUAAAGAAAAAAAUUCUGGUUAGAAAAGUCUGACCAGAAAUCCUACAGAGCAAUUGGUGGAGCCAGUGCUAUUUCUAUACCAUAGUUUCACAGAGAGGGGCCCUGUUGGACUGAUUUCGAAGUGAUGACUGAAGGGUUUGACUCCCUCUAAGGAACCCUUCUGACGUUUGGGAGUGUCUGAUCUAUGACACACGUGUGUUGUUCCUUCUCUUUAUGAUGAGCUCCCCCCACCACUGUGUCCUUUGACCUUGCCAUGGCAGCUUUGGCUACUGGGUAUGUUGUUUGCAGACGUGGGGAACUCCACCCCCUGAUCCCAUCCUCCCAAACCCAAUCCCUUCUCUUUCUGCAAAUCAACCAAAUAAUUUUUCAUGUGUUUCAUCCUUAAAUAAACUUUGUGUUCAAGUAUUCUCA